GCAUGGUGGAGCGUUUUCACCGGCACUUGAAGGCAGCGGUACGUGCGCACGCAGGUCCUACAUGGUCUCAAACACUUCCCCUCGUUCUCUUAGGCUUAUGAAACACGGUUGAAACCGAUUUCGCCGCCACACCAGCGCAGCUAGUGUACGGUUGCACUCUGCGGUUGCCCGGACAGCUGGUAGCACCAGCCCCAUCUACUUCCACUAUUGACUACGGAAGUUACACUGAUCGAUUGGCUUACCAGAUGCGUGAGCUAAGUCCACCCGCUCCUCGAUCGCAGAAGACACCAGUGUACAUGCGCGAGAACCUGUCUACGCGUUCACACGUCCUUCUUCGCGCAGUCAGUGUUCGACAGCCUCUUCAGUCGCUGUACAUAGGACCUUUCAAACGUUACACCGUGUGAGUAAGACGUAUACUAUUGACCGCGGUGGUCAACGCGAAGUCGUCACCAUCGAUCGUCUAAAGCCCGCUUUUAUGGAAGAAACCACCUCGCCUACUUCGUCUGGUAGUGCUUCGUGCGACGUCACAACUCACCGCACUAGCUUUCAGCAUCCUAGUGCAGUUCAACCAGACCACGAUCUCGGUCUGCAAGCAUCAGCCGUCCCGACAUCUCCCGAAUUUAGUCCGCUGCCUCCCACAACCAUUCGCCGUGGUCGGCAAGUGCGUAAGCCCGUUCGCUUUUCCGACUAUGUACAGUGUAAAUACGUUUACGUUUGUAUAUAUUGUAUAUGUUUAUCCCGUUUUUGCUCGAAUGACGUUUUGAAAACAAAAAAGCAUCAAAAACCUCUAAAAACCUGUUCUAAAAAUAUUCAAAAAACCGGAAAAUCUAAACACGCAGAUCAUUCGUUCGUUCUUUCUGACAUUUUCUGCGCGUAUUCUAUUUUCUCGUCUCUACACGCCCCAACCCUCCCCUUCGAUCGACUGGCCCACACGACCAAUCUUUUCGAGGAUCGGCGCAGUCAGCAUGGAUCUUGACGCGAACGCUGGUCAUUUCUCCACGGGACUAGUGUCGCUUCUUCAUGCGACGACAGUCGUUUCUCCGUGGGACGAGGGUCGUUUUGGCGCAG